AUGAGGUGGUCGCAGAAAUUGUCAUUUAGGAGUCUAUCUAUCUAUCUAUCUAUCUAUCUAUCUAUCUAUCUAUCUAUCUAUCUCCUUCUGUUCAUAUCUAUAUAUCUAUCUAUUUAUAUAUCUAUCUCCUUCUGUUCAUAUCUAUCUAUCUAUCUAUCUAUCUAUCUAUCUUUUUCAAUCCUUUUUCAAUUGCUUCCACGGUUCAGUCCUUUUUCAAUUGCUUCCGUGGUUCAGUCCUUUUUCAAUUUCUUCCAUGGUUCAGUCCUUUUUCAAUUGUUUCCGUGGCUCAGUCCUUUUUCAAUUUCUUCCAUGGUUCAGUCCUUUUUCAAUUGCUUCCGUGGCUCAGUCCUUUUUCAAUUGCUUCCGUGGCUCAGUCCUUUUUCAAUUGCUUCCGUGGUUCAGUCCUUUUACAAUUGCUUCCGUGGUUCAGUCUUUUUACAAUUACUCCAUGUUUCUUUCCAUCUUUUCCUUUCCACCUCUCUCUUUCCACCUCUCUUUUUCCACCUCUCUUAUUCCACCUCUCUCUUUCCACCUCUCUUUUUCCACCUCUCUUAUUCCACCUCUCUCUUUCCACCUCUCUUUUUCCACCUCUAUUUUUCCACAUCUCUCUUUCCACCUCUCUUUUUCAACCUCUCUUUUUCCACCUCUCUCUUUCCACCUCUCUCUUUCCACCUCUCUUUUUCCACCUCUCUCUUUCCACCUCUCUUUUUCCACCUCUCUCUUUCCACCUCUCUUUUUCCACCUCUCUUAUUCCACCUCUCUCUUUCCACCUCUCUCUUUCCACCUCUCUUUUUCCACCUCUAUUUUUCCACCUCGCUCUUUCCACCUCUCUCUUUCCACCUCUCUUUUUCCACCUCUCUCUUUCCACCUCUCUUUUUCCACCUCUCUCUUUCCACCUCUCUUUUUUUCUCGUCAUUUGAUAUUUUUCAUUUCUUUUUCUUUCUUUUUCUUUUAUCCACUCCGUCUUUCUUUUUUACCUGGUCUUCGUUUUUUUUUCUUCUUUCCUUUUAUCCUUUUCCUUCUUUCUUUCUUUCUUUCUUUCUUUCUUUAAUUUCUAAAUAUUUAUUUUUAUUUUUAAUAUUUUUAAUAUUUUCCUUUCAUUUAUUCAUUCAUUCUUUCUUUCUUUCUUUUAUCGUUUCUGUAUAUUUUCCUAAUUGUAAUUGUUCUUUUUUUUUCUUUCCUUUUAUUCUUUUCUUUCAAAUUUUGGUUCCUUUCUUUCUUUUUAUUAUCUACCAUGACUUACUUUUUAUUGUAUAUAAUUUCGUUUUUAUUUUGUUUUCCCCUUUUAUCCUUAUCGCAGUUUCUUUCUUUCUUUCUUUCUUUCUUUCUUUCUUUCUUUCUUUCUUUCUUUCUUUCUUUCUUUCUUUCUUAUUUCCUUCCUCUCUCUUUUCCUUUAUACUUCCCCUCCACCUCCCCUAUAUCUAUUUGUCACUUCCGUUACUUUCAUCGACUAAGACAGAAAAUACUUGCUAA